GAUUUCAUGAGAAGAAUCGAUAGCUGGUCGAAAGUGUUUAAACUUAAUUCGUUUGAAUCGUUUAACAUCUAAAAUGAAAAGUGAAAAAUCUAUGAAUUUGCGAAAAUAGUUGGAAGCACUUCUGGACUGCUCACAAGAAAAUGAAACGAAAAAGUACUGAUGAUGUGAGGUUGAUGACGUUACCUCGGCCAUGUUGAAGUUACAUAUCAGCUGUUACUGAGAUUUGUAACAGUGGGGAGAUGGAUAAAUUGUGAUUGGGUUGUGACCUUGUGCUUCGUUGUCUGUGUAUAUAGUAUAGAAUCAUUUUAGUGCUGCAAUCAUGUGGAAAGUGAGGGAACUGGUGGAUAAAGCCACCAAUGUUGUUAUGAACUACACUGAUAUAGAAGCAAAAGUUAGAGAAGCCACAAAUGAUGAUGCAUGGGGACCGACUGGUGCACUGAUGCAAGAAGUGGCACAAGGUACAUUCACAUAUGAGCAGUUCCCAGAAGUGAUGUCAAUGCUUUGGAAGAGAAUGCUACAGGAUAAUAAAAAGAAUUGGAGGCGAACAUAUAAGUCACUCCUCCUAUUAAACUACUUGGUUCGUAAUGGGUCAGAACGGGUGGUUACUUCUGCACGGGAACACAUUUACGAUCUGCGAAGCUUGGAGAACUACACCUACGUAGAUGAGUAUGGGAAGGAUCAAGGAAUUAAUGUUCGCUUGUGA